AUGAGUGAAGACUAUCUCGCAAGCGAUGAGAUUUUGGUUCGAUGUUGUCUGAACUCGAUUAAGUUGGUCUUCACCGAGGGCAAAAACAGGAACAGAUGCUUCCUGCUAGCAGCGCGCGAGUCUCCAUUGUUGAAAGCGCGAGCCGGGGCUCGAGGCAAUCUGCAAAACAAGGCUCACAGAGAUUUUAUCCAGACACAACAACAACGGGGUCACACAGGGGGGGUUGUCCUUUGUAAAUACCGAACUAAGUCCAGUAUUUGGAUAUGUGGGGUCGGUGUGGGCAUUGUUUUAGCGGUGGGACUGAAAUACAGCUUCGACUCCGCUGAUAGUUCGUGUGAAGAAAAAGUAAAAAAGGCCAGCACAUACGGAGAAGCAAUAAAAGUAAGCAGAGAGCUACUGGAGCGGAUAAAGGUAGGCAAUGAGACUGAAGUUGGAGCUCCUGGRCUGGUAGUGGGGGUCUCUGUGGAUGGUGUUCAGGUUUGGAGUGAAGGUACCACGUUCCUGUACUCCACUCAUGCCUUCACCCUCCUAAGUGCUGUUUUGGAGCGGGCUGCCAAUCAGCGCUUUCUGGAUCUGAUGAUGAACAUGUUCCGCGAGCUAGGAAUGCUCAACACAGUUCCUGAUGAGAACGACCCUAUUAUUUACCAUCGCUCCAGAUUUUAUCACCUCAACAAGAGAGGACGUGUUGUGAACUGUCCAUAUGUUGACAACUCCUACAAAUGGGCAGGAGGUGGCUUCCUGUCCACCGUGGGAGACCUGCUGAUUUUCGGUAAUGCUCUGCUAUAUAGCUACCAGGUGGCCCACUUUGAGACCGAAGGUUUGCUCCCUGGCUUUCUCAAGCCUAAGACUGCCGUAGAGCUGUGGGCACCUGUGGACAAGACGGAAGCCAGCUGGGAUAAGGACGGGCUGUACGCCCAAGGCUGGCUGGUGGUGGAGAAAUUGCAAAAAUAUGGCCACUGCAGGARGCGCAGACAUUACGUGUCACACACGGGAGGAGCUGUGGGGGCCAGCAGCGUUCUUCUAGUGUUACCCAGUGAGGAGGUAGACCCGCGACGAGGACCGACUCUCGUCCUCCCGCAGGGGGUUGUUGUCACCAUCAUCGUAAACAUGCAGUCUGUGGGACUGAACGCUACCGCACUAAAAAUUGCACACGAGUUUGAAAAAAACCGAAACAAGUAAGUUUUUUCACAAAGUGUGUGCGUUUGCAGAAUCUUAUGUGAUUUUGAUAUAGUUUUUGAAUACAGCACUAUGAAAAACCCUGGAGCCUCAUUUCUUUUCUUUUGUUUGCUCAAGAUGGGUGCAAAGUUUUAUGGAAAACUGUUCACAAGACAAAAAUUGUUUUUCUUCAGAUUUAAAAUCCAUUUUUAGACCGAGCGGGGGGAGCAUUUCAUUACAUUUAGUUAAACAUGUUUUCAUAAAGGGUUUUUAAGGUCAAUCGAAAGUUUCGUUUUUCCUUUUGUACUUGUUGGCCAACCUUUCUGUUCUGUAGAAGUUUAUCCCACGUUGUUUCAGUAAUGUUGAUGGCCAGGUUUUAGUGAAACCAAUCUGUGAUACUGUUUUGGGUGCUUUUUUACUCGGGUAUGCUUUGACUGCAUUGGCAGCAUAUUUGAGAUUAUUGUUAUACUGAAAAAUGAAGGCGGUUGACUUUCAUUCAAGUUGAGUAAUUUUGCAUACCUCAGCCUUUUAUCAAUUUCCCAUUUUCAGGAAUGCAUUUUUGACUGCCUUAAAGCAUUUUCAAAGCUUUUUUGUCAGGUCCUUGUCAUUUUUUAAAUUAAUUUUUUUAAGCUUCUCACUUCCUUUAAUAAGUUUAUGUUUAAACUGUGCUACCAACAAAGAUAGAACAUGAUUUUGGGUAAUAACUUGUUGUAAAUUACCUGUUUGAUGAUUACCAGAAUUUUUUGUUUGUUUGGUUGUUUACAUCAAGCUGCUAAUAACAAAGUCCAUUUGAA